AUGAUACCUCGAUUACCACCAUUUUUACUAGCUCUUGUUGGAGGAGCAUCUAUAUAUGGCAUUAAAUUUAUGCUGGAUCGCUUUGAGCCCAAGGCAAUAGGCCCACCUGGAUCAACCGAACACAUUGAAAGGGUGUUGAGAUAUAGACAAAAUCUCAAAAGAGUAGCCAUUGCAUCGGCUGUCUCUGGCGCUGUUUAUGGAGUGUAUUGGAUGUACGAUGCCCGCCAGCACCGCCCCUCACCCUCAGUAAUCAGCAAUGCAAAUGAAGGUUUUUAUCAGGAUCAAUACAGCGAAAGAGACAAGAGAUUCCAAAGCGAACAUCUGAAGCGCCAGAUGGCAGAAAGAGAAAAAGAAUUGGCUGCCAAACAACAUUUAGAGCAAGAAGUGACAGCCAUGGAAGAUGCAUUAAAAAAGAACAAAUAA